GAAAUAUGCUGAAAUUGGUAAGUAAGUAAGUGUUGGAAUUUUUAUGGAAAAACAAAGAUUUUAUAGGUUUACGACUGUAGUUUGGAAGCCUCAGCCCUGAAAUAUGCUAGUCACUGUCCUUUAGUCAGAUCUCAAGAAAGCACAAGAACAACACAAGGAGAAAAUUUUCUCCGACUUGCAAAAUUUGGAAAUCCAACCUUUGUAGAUGCAGUUAACAAGACGAUCAUCACGUGGUGGAAAAUUUUUGAGGAAAUUACGGAUAUUGAAACUAGUAGAAUAUUCCAACCACAUCACCUUCGCACUCCUAUGACAUGGCAUGGGCUAGGACAAGAUACUUGGGAUGUUCCAUUGUUGAUUGCCGCUCGUUCUAUAUAUCCGUCUGCAGAUACUCGCCCAAGGGAAACAUUGUCAACGAGACAGUUUAUGAGGCUGGCCGUCCUUGCACUGAAUGUAAUCCAGGAACAGCAUGUGAGGAUGAGUUGGGGCUCUGCGCUUGAAUAA